AUGGAACGAUGGAUAUGUAUUUACAAAAUAUUAAAGAGAUAUUCUGAUGACUGUCCGCCAGGAAGGACUAGUCUAAUACAUGUUAUGUCGAGGUAUGGAGUGGUAGGAGCGUUGCGGACUAUUUUGGAAAUGGCAGAUAAAGUUGGCAUUAAUAUCGAUGGCAAAGAUUCGUCCGGCCGGACGCCGCUGUUAUUGGCCGCCGAGCAUGGGCACGAGGCCGUUGUGCGGCUGCUCCUCGAGGGGGGCGCCCACACUAACGCGGCGGAUAAGAUAGAGGGCCGGACGCCGCUAUCAUAUGCCGUCGACAAUGGUCAUGAGGCCGUCGUGCGGCUUCUGCAAUUCCAUGGUACUUAA